AUAACUGUGCUACAUUUGUACCACCACUUUUCGGUACCGGUGUUGGGCUGGAUAGUGGUCAAAGUGGAACCACUGGUACCGGCGAUCUUACUAUUCUGUACGCUCAACACUACUGUCCACGUGAUUAUGUACUCGUACUACGCGUUGGCGGCCUUUGGACCGACUGUACAAAAAUAUUUGUGGUGGAAACGAUAUAUCACACAAAUUCAGCUAAUCCAGUUCAUCAUACUGCUGGUCUAUUGUUCGUUGACACUGCCAUUUUACCGUGGUUAUCGGCCGGUGUACCUAUGGCUGGGUGGCAUUUAUACUUAA